AUGAAACGACGUAGUGUUACAUUUACGAACAGCCCACCCGAAAUAAUCGAAAAUGGUAAUGAUAACCACAAUAUCUGCUCUCCUUUGUCAACCGGCAACAUUUUCUUCCGGUUACAGUUGGCAAAAGUUGAAGAAAGGCAACGAAGGUAUGCUUCAGAGACACAACAGCAGUGGCAGCGGCAUCAUUAUUAUCGUUCCGUACCUGAUCUUAACAAGCAACAGUAUUAUUUGUCAGUAGAAUCAAAAUCUGCGAAAUCUCACUUUAAUAGUGAUAAAGGAAAAAAUUUUUGCCAAGAGAGGGAGGAGAUGGAUCCAGUUUAUCUGUCAAUACCAGAUCUUGGUAUGGCUGUACGACCGCGACCUCUUUUAAAAGCAGCAAUUGAAUCGAUACGUAAUGUUACAAAAAUGGAUACAUCGUGGAAUUUACAUGGCUUGUGCAGGAAAGGACGGGGGGAGAAAUCGUUACAGCGCCAUUAUGAAUCUGUAUCUGAUUAUUUUCGCAGUAGAUAUCGAAGUGCGGUCCUUACUGUUAAUGCUGCUGCAGAAUCAACUGUUAAGGAUAUUAUUGACACAGCUUCGGAAUCAUCUAUUAAGGAUCGUGUUGAUCAUGGUAUUGGUAACAGCAAUGAUAAUGAUUAUAUUAAUAGUAAUGAUGAUACUGUUACUAGCAGAGAGGUCAUUCAACACUACAAAAGCUCCGUUAAUGAUGGCAGUAGUCGUAACAAAAAUGAUGUAAUUAGUGGUGGUUCUGAUUUAAUAGUACAUCGUAGCUACAUUCAUGAUAGUAGAAAUAACAGUGGCAUUGAUAGCGGUGUCGAAAAUAUCAAAAGCGAUGGUAGAGUCAAUAAGUUUAAUAAUGACUAUGGAAAACUGGCGGAACGAUUUCUACGAAAUUAUCAGUACCAACACUUGAAUGAAUACAAAAAAUCUGAUUCUGUCACAAAGACAGACAGGAACUGGUCUUGGAAAAAUUUGGGCGAUGAUAAUGAUAAUAGCAUUAAUUGUCGAUGUUAUUCAUUGUUAAAUAAACCAUCGCAACAGAAGAAUUGUCAUCGACGACACCGUUCAGGGGAUGGUAGAAAUACAACCUUUCUCUUCGCAUCUACAACCAGUAAUAACAACAAUGUGAAAAAUAUUAUUAGUAAGCAUCAGUGGUAUUAUUACCCGUCCGUGAUGUAUUCAAAAAUACAACAGCAACUGAUGGAUGAAAUGGCAAAACAUAUCGCGGAAUGUUUAGAGCAGUUCAAUACGGGUUUGGAUAAAGUUUUACAAGCACGUCAAUUACUAGAAACUUCACAAGAAUUACCAGCGGAUGAUCGCGAGACGAUGCUACGCUUGCUGAAUCAAGCAAUGCGAACAAGCCUCAAACGGAUGGAAUACAACGAUGACCGUUAUGAACCAGAUGGACGGUACAGCGAAAGCCCAAAUAGUCUCGCCAGUCAACGGCAAUGUGCACCAGUUCAGCAGCUUUCUAACACCAAUGAUGGUAAUGCUAGCUUCCAUAACAUCACCAAUAACAUGGAUCCAGCGGAAUUUUUCCAGCAGCAUGGACAACAGCUGCUUGCCCUUCUCCAACAAAAUAUGGCAAAGCAGAAUUGA